GUGUGCGAGACAAAAAGUUAAAGAAGAGUUUUAACUUUUUUGAUAUUGUCAUUACUAUCAAAUUAUGUAAAACUGAUUACAGAUAAAUUAUCUGUAGUAAUAGUAAAUUGGGAAGUGACCUGGUAAUUAUUGUAGUAAGACUUUCUCUAUACAUAUUAACCCGCCAAAACGGCCCAAACGAAUUUCUGUCCGACUCGUAACCGAGUCGAUGCGUCACAGAACCUCUCUUAAGCUUUUCCCUCUCAGAAAACAUUCUCUGCUUCUCCAUAGCCGUUGCAAAUUCUCGGCGACACAGCCCCGAAUUGAAAACCCAAACCCCCUAUCAUCUCCAAAUAUUCUUCUUUACAACAAUCUCCUGAAAAUAUGCCACCAGGAAUGCAAAAAACUUCAGUCCCGCCAUGUGCUCGACGAAUUGCCCCAGAAAGCAGCACGUGCAUCGAAAGCUUGCAAAACCAUCCAUGUGCAAAGCCUGAAACAUGGGAUUGCAUCACAAGAUCAUCUGGGGAAUGCCAUUGUGGAUUUAUACGCCAAAUGUGGAGACAUGGUUUCGGCUGAGAAAUCAUUUUUUGGGCUCGAAAACAAGGAUAGCAUGGCUUGGAAUUCGAUUUUGUUGAUGUAUUCGAGACAUGGGUUGUUAGAGAAUGUCGUAGAAGCUUUUGGGUCAAUGUGGAAUAUUGGUGUGUGGCCGAAUCAGUUUAGUUAUGCUAUUGUUUUAUCCGCAUGUGCUAGGCUAGUGGAUGUUGAGCUUGGGAAACAAGUGCAUUGUAGUGUGAUGAAAACAGGGUUUGAGUUUGAUUCCUUCACUGAAGGUUCUCUUAUUGAUAUGUAUGCAAAAUGUGGUUAUUUGAUCGAUGCUCGGAGGAUCUUUGAUGGGGUGGUGGAGCCGGACAAUGUUUCUUGGACUGCAAUGAUUUCUGCUUAUGUAAAAGUAGGUUUACCUGAAAAAGCGAUGGAAGUUUUUGAGGAGAUGCAGGAACGAGGGUGUGUGCCGGAUCAAGUGGCAUCCGUGACCAUCAUAAAUGCGUGUGUGGGAUUAGGAAGGCUUGAUGACGCUCAUCAGUUGUUUUCGCAGAUGGCUAGUCCGAAUGUUGUGGCAUGGAAUGUGAUGAUUUCAGGGCAUGCCAAGGGAGGGAAAGAGGUGGAAGCUAUACAGUUUUUCCAGGACAUGAUUAAAGCUAGCAUUCGACCCACACGUUCUACCUUGGGAAGUGUUUUCAGUGCAAUUGCAAGCGUAGCAAAUCUGUCCCUUGGCUUACAGGUUCAUGCUUUGGCAGUUAAGCAGGGAUUAGAAUCCAACGUCUACGUAGGUAGUUCUUUGAUUAAUAUGUAUGCCAAAUGUCAAAAGAUGGAAGCUGCAAGUGAAGUAUUUAACAGCUUGGGAGAGAAAAAUGAAGUGUUGUGGAACGCAUUGCUUGCAGGUUAUGCACAGAACGGCAGUGCUUGUGAAGUUGUCAAGUUAUUCAGGAAUAUGAGACUUUCUAGUUUUGAUACCGAUGAAUAUACUUACACUAGCAUACUGAGUGCAUGUGCUUGUUUGGAAGAUGUGGAAAUGGGGCAGCAGCUUCAUUCUAUUAUCAUUAAGAAUAAAUUUGCAUCUAAUUUAUUUGUCGGAAAUGCUGUAAUAGACAUGUAUGCCAAAUGUGGUGCUCUAGGUGAUGCCAGGCGACAGUUUGAGCAAAUGCUAACUCGAGAUAAUAUUUCUUGGAAUGCGAUAAUAGUUGGAUAUGUUCAGCAAGAAGAAGAAGAAGAGGCUUUUAUCAUGUUCCAAAAAAUGGUAUUGGAGGGAGUUGUUCCUGAUGAGGCAUGUUUGGCUAGCGUACUCAGUGCCUGUGCCAAUAUACAAGAUCUCAAUAAAGGGAAACAAGUUCAUUCCCUGCUGGUGAAAUAUGGCCUAGAAAGUGGCCUUUUUGCUGGAAGUUCCCUUGUUGACCUGUAUUGCAAGUGUGGUAAUGUAACUUCUGCCAGUGAGGUUUUCUUUUGCCUUCCUGAUCGAAGCGUGGUGUCAACUAAUGCUUUAAUUUCUGGUUAUGCUCAGACAAAUAUUAAUUACGCGGUGCAUUUAUUCCAGAAUAUGCUUGUUGAAGGACUAAGACCUUCAGAGGUGACAUUUGCUAGUAUUCUUGAUGCAUGUAGUGGCCAGGUUUACAUGCUUGGGAGGCAACUGCACUCUUUCAUUUUAAAGCUUGGGUUUUCAUAUGACGAUGAAUUCUUGGCAAUCUCUUUGAUAGGCAUGUAUUAUAACUCCGGAAGAUUAGAAGAUGCGAGAUUGCUUUUCUCAGAGUUUACAAAACUAAAGAGCCCAGUUCAAUGGACUGCUAUGAUAUCUGGCAAUAUUCAGAAUGACUGCUGUGAGGAAGCUUUGCUUGGUUAUCAGGAAAUGCGCAAGUUUAAUGUCAUGCCAGACCAGGCAACUUUUGCUAGUGUCCUAAAAGCAUGUUCGACCUUGGCUUCUAUGCAGGAUGGCAGGAAAAUCCACUCUCUCAUUUUCCAUACUGGUUUUGACACAUAUGAAUUGACCGCUAGCUCCCUAAUAGAUAUGUAUGCUAAAUGUGGGGAUGUUAAAAGUUCAGUGCAAGUAUUUAGUGAAAUGGUGAGCAAAAAAGACGUUAUCUCUUGGAAUUCUAUGAUAGUUGGCUUUGCAAAAAAUGGUUUUGCGGAAGAUGCACUGAAAAUCUUUGAAGAAAUGAAGAGAGCAUCUGUGAAGCCUGAUGAUAUCACAUUCCUUGGGGUUCUCACUGCUUGUAGCCAUGCAGGAAUGGUAUCUGAGGGUCGUCAAAUCUUCAAGGAUAUGACUAGCCGCUAUGAUGUUCGGCCACGAGUAGAUCACUGUGCCUGCAUGGUUGAUCUGCUUGGUCGUUGGGGUAAUCUCAAAGAGGCAGAGGAGUUUAUUGAGAGAUUAGAUUUUGAACCAGAUGCAAUGAUUUGGUCUGCUUACCUUGGUGCUUGCAAAAUCCAUGGGGAUGAUAUAAGGGGGCAGAAGGCUGCUGAAAAGCUUAUUGAGUUGGAACCCCAAAAUUCUUCUUCAUACGUACUGCUAUCUAAUAUAUAUGCUUCAUCAGGCAAUUGGUGUGGGGUUAACUCCUUAAGGAAGGAAAUGAAAGAGAAAGGAGUGAGGAAGCCCCCUGGCUGCAGUUGGAUUAUAGUGGGGCAGAAAACAAAUAUGUUUGUUGCAGGGGAUAAAUUUCAUCCGCGUGCUGGUGAAAUUCAUGUACUUUUGAAAGAUUUGACUGCAUUAAUGAAAGAUGAAGGCUAUUUUUUUGAUAUAGGAUCUGUAAGGGAUAGUGAUCAGCUUGAGUCCAUUUUAUCUUCAUCUCAAGAGUAAUCGAAGACCCAAGAAUCUAUGUUAGAUAGACUCAAGCAGAGCUAUCCUAGUGAUCCUUUUGGCGGAACUGGGUGUUUUUUCCCUCUUGGCGAACUGGAUGCUUUCUUAUGCUUCAUUUAAAAUGUCACCAGUCCACGCUUAAACCCAUGAAAUGUACACUAGACAAGCUCUGAUACUGAGAAUCUAUGAUGAAGUUCUCCCAUUGGUUGGCUGAAGACCUGUCCUGAAGGAUAGUUCCUUGAGUGUUGGCUUUAAGAGGGUUCAAAUGUUAUUUUCGUUCAACACAAUUUCUUGAUGCAUGACAAAGGAACAAUACGGCUCGCAAGGUUCUGAGUCUUAUUUUAAUAUUUAACAGACAAGUUGUGGACACAAAUAUAGCUUCAAAAUCCUGCUCGAAGUGAUGAACCACUCUAACUGAUUAUCUUGAAGAAUUUUGAACGUCUACACUACCAAAAUCCUUGCUUAACUUUCUGUCGCUUAGGCGAAGGAAGAAUUGUGUCAUUGCAGAGCGUGGAAACAAUUGUAGCUGUAUUUGGCCUAUCAUUUGCAUGUUCUUGCACA